AGGAAACAAAGAGGAGGAGGAGGAGAGGAGGAAGCACCCCCUCCUCUCCCUUUACCCGCUCCUCUCCAUCCCUCCCAGGCAGCAACUCCCAACCACCCGACAUCCAAGGCGGAGGAAGCACAUCCUCCUCCUCCUCCUCCUCCUCCAUGGCGGAGCCCAGCCUGGCCGAGCAGCUCCGCGCCGAGGCCUCGUGUCCCGUGUGCCUCGAGCUCUUCCAGGACCCUGUGUCCGUCCCGUGCGGCCACAACUUCUGCCGGGGCUGCAUCGAGCGCUUCUGGGAGAGCUCCCGGGGCUCGUUCUGCUGCCCGCGCUGCCGGAACGUGGCCCCGGAGCGGGGCCUGCGGCCCAGCCGGGAGCUGGGACACGUCGCUGACAUUGCCCGGGGGCUGCUCCCGGGGGUCCCGGGGACCCUCUGCAGGCGGCACCGGGAGCCGCUGCAGCUCUUCUGCCGGGAGGAGCGGGCCCUGCUGUGCCUCGUGUGCAGCCGCUCCCGCGCCCAUUGGCUCCACCGCGUCGUGCCCGCCGAGGAAGCCGCCCAGGAGUACAAGGAGCAGAUCCAAAGCUGCCUCCAGGCUCUGAAGGAGGAGAGAGAAAAAUACCUGGAAAGCCAAAAAUCCAGCGGCCGGAGGAGUUUGCACCUGGACAAAACCAGGAGCGAGGGGCAGCGGAUGGUGUGGGAAUUCCAGGAAUUGCGGCGGUUCCUGGAGGAGCAGGAGCGUCUCCUCCUGGUCCAGCUCGGGGACCUGGACAGGGCCAUCGGCCGAGCCCAGGACGAGGCUCUGGCCAAGGUUUCGGAGGAGUUAUCCCAGCUGGACACCCUCAUCUGGGAGAUGGAGGGGAAAUUCCAGCAGCCCCCGAGCCACUUCCUGCAGGACAUCCGACAGCUCCUGGACAGUUGUGAGAGGAUGAAGUUCCACCCCCCGGCCGAGAUUUCCUCUGACCUGGAGAGGAGCCUCGAGGAUUUUGUCCAGAGGAACAUCCUGGUGAGGGGCACCUUGAGGAGAUGCCAAGGGGGUCCAUCCCAUGGGAUGAAGGUAUUGUCCGACCCUGAGUCUGUGACAUCUCUCUUCUCAGACAGCCUCAUGUUCCAGCUGCAGGAGCCGGCCGACGUCACCCUGGACCCAUCCACGGCUCAUCCCAACCUGCAGCUCUCCGAGGACGGAAAAGAAGUGCGGGGGCAGCUGGUGCCGAGGGACGUUCCGGACCACCCCGAGCGCUUCGACUUCGAGCCCUGCGUGUUGGCGCGGGGGGGCUUCGCCUCGGGGCGGCAUUUUUGGGAGGUGGAGGUGGGGCAGGGCGGGGUCUGGGCGCUGGGCGUGGUCCGGGAGUCCGCGCGCAGGAGGGGCCCCCUGAGCCUCACCCCCAAGGAGGGGGUGUGGGCGCUGGAAGCGUUCCAUUCCCUGACCUCCCCCCGCGCCAACCUCCGCCUGCACCCCCCGCCCCGGCGGCUCCGCGUUUCCCUGGACUACGAGGGGCGUCGGGUGGCUUUUUUCAGCGCCGGCGACGACAUUCCCAUCCUGGAAUACACCCGGGCCGCCUUCAACGGGGAGAGGGUCCUGCCCUGGUUCAAGAUGGGGAUGGGGGCGCGGCUGCUGGAGGUGACUCGGAGCCCCCGCUGCGAGGACCGGGGGGUGGCCGGGCGGUUCAUGUCCCCUCUGGACUGGGUGGGGUUCGGGUUCUCGCUGCGGAUCUGUCCCUGAGGCGGCUGUCGGCUGUGUCCCGAGUGAUGCCGCGGGAAUUCGCCGCUCCUGUGUCCGUCGGGAGCUCUGGGAUGGCCCAGGGAGCGGCCCGUGGCGGAGUGGCCGCGCCAGGAGGAGCCUUGAGGGUGGAGAGCCCGUUUCAGUGUGUGGGGUUUUACCUUGUUGUGCCCUUGGCGGGAUGAAUCCUCCCGGGUUUCUCUCUUCCCAAAGUGCUUUUUGUCCAGAGUGUGUCUUGGACCCUUUACCCCUCGGUCUGGGGGCUGCUCCCCACCUCUGUCCACAUUCCUGACGCUUCUUUCCAAUAAAAGAACAUUUUGGCUUGCA